AGGCACCGAUCUUUGUACAAUUUGAAUUUAGAACCAUUUUACGUAUCAAAGUAAAUUUUUUUAUCAGAUAAGCGAAAUUAAUAAAAGUCCUAAAGGAUUUUUAUUAAUAAAUUAAAGUUUGCAACAUUUUCAUAACUAUUUAAUUAUAUUAGAAGUAGACAACAAACUGACAGUCUAAAAAGUUUUUUUUUUUUUAAUUACCGGAAUUCUGUAGUUAUCACGACAAGCUCUCUGAAUCCCUCAUUAUUAGUAACCAGUUCCGUCCAUUGGCCUCGGCUAUCCAAAUUAUAAGCAACACGUAAUAGAAGAAUUCGCGCUUAUUAGGAAUAACAGAAUAACACGUAGGAUGUUGACAUUAUAAUUGAGUUUCGUCACUGUUCCCAAGUUCGUUGUCGUCUACGAGAAUAAUGUAGAAAUUGAAUUUUAACAAGUUCACUCGUUCGAGAGGGAAUAAGGAAAUUUAACCUUCAAAAUUUCGUAGAGUACAUUUUGAAAACUUGUUUUGCAGGAAAUUAAUUGGAGAAGAAUGUCUUAUCUAAGAUCAAUUUAAUGUCCAUACCACUGUUUUGUUUUAACAAUUUUUCUAAUUGUAAGAAGAACAAGACAAAAGGUAUUCCAAGUCGUGAUCCGAUGAGCGUCGUAGAUUUUAAACCAGUUAGGCGAACCGUCUCAUAUAUAAGAAAAGGCGAACCCGUCGAAAAUUGAGGAUGGAGCCAUUAGAAUCAGCAGGAAGUUACCACCCGUACAACCCAUACAAUCAAUACAAAUACAACCAAUACAACCCAUACAUACAUGGACAUCCCCAACGAGGAUGGCCUUAUUAUAGCACCCCGAUGGUGCCCGAUUACAUGGAUUAUCACCCGCCAGCAUAUCCUGCUGAGGAUGACAUGUUUUAUCCAAAUUAUUCACCGCUAUUUGAUCACAGAUACGUUGGAUAUCAACAGGAGGGUCCGAGUGAAUUCGGAGAAAUGUUUGGAUCCGACGAUGCAUUACUGGGCACUCUCAUCACUGAUUACCUGCUGGCAACUUUGUCGCAACCGGCAAUUCACCAAAAACCCAAACAAUUCCCUCCUGUUAUCCCUAAGCCUUCGAGCGGAUCAUUCGGUACAAAAGGAAACAGGGUACCAAAACCUGUCUCUUUUGAUCUAGCCGGUAAAGAUGUCCAACCAGCCACCAGUGUCAAAACUUCGGUCGGAAGCGAAGCAUCCGCUGCCCUUUCUGAUGCCGAUCCAGUUGUUCCACCCAAAUCACUUGUUGCAACUACAACAGCCCACCCGUGAUAUGUCGGGAUUAUAAUGCGAGUAUGCACUGGACUGUGUGCUCUCAAACGGAGAAUGUUAACAGGAAUUUUAUUUUGGGUAGAAAUAAGGUUAACAAUGUCCACAUACCUUUUAUUACCUUGGUGCGUGCUCUUUCUCGGUAUUUAUAAUUUGGGUUUACGGAAUUCGCAUUAAUUACAGGAAUUUAAUUAUACACAUUCCAGCUGUAUUGUCUCCGACAUUGCUACGGAAUAAAAUAUCCAAUCUGAAACAAUUUCCUCAUUCACAUUUUUCAGCUAUAGGAACCUUUAUACCUGUUGGUCGAAAAGUCCAUGAUUCAAUAGUUACACGGAUGUUUCCGCAAGUGCGACAACGUCAUCACAAAAGCGAUCAAUACUUUUCGAAAGUUAGACGUGUCAAUGGCUUAUUGGCACUCCGGAAGUAAUGGCUUUUUGACUCAGUACUCACUUUAUUCGUUAGUAACACUUGUCACGCUCGAACCACCUGUGCGCAAAUAAUCUAAUGUGUUAUAAAGUUAUCCCUUUUCCAGCAUCCGACAUUAAUCACUUCCCGCUGCUCAGAGCGACGGAUCUACAUAGUGAUGAAGACUGCUGCUAACUUUAUUUUCUUCGUGGUCUUCCAGGUAGCCAUUAAUAGUCACCUGUCUUUUAGCCAAUCCCAAAACUGGGACUUGCAAUUCAACUUUGAUGGCUACACCAGGCAAAACAAAGACUUUCUAAUGAAGAACUGCCCGGCAAACAUCAAUCAAAACAUCAACCAAACAGUGAAGAUGAUCGAAGCGUCUCUCCAAAAAGACGCGGUGGAAUUCCCCACGACCAACAAGGAAAAGAUUCACCUCAAAUGCGUCAAAGAUUCGCUGAUGGGCAACGUCGUCAACUUCACCAUCUACCGAGAUGGCGAUAACGAUUACACGGGAAAGGGCGACCGGCAGCGGAUGGAAAUGAAGGGCAAAGAAGAUGGUAAAAAAGGAACGAGCUUCAUUUUCGCUUGGUGGUUCAAACUGGACCCGAAAAUGAAGAACACUUACGACGAUUUUUACCACAUUUUCCAAAUUAAAACUGGCGGCAGUGGGUCACUCUCCAAAUUUCCUUUGGCCACUCUGAGUUUAUCGGAAAAAGACAAAUUCAAUUUGCAUCCGAACUACUUGAACCGUUAUGGAGACAAAGCGUAUGAAUUGCUGGACCUCCAAGCCGCCAAAGGCAAAUGGAUUCAAGUGUUAGUCGAGGCGGUUUUCAAGAAGAAGAGUGAAGGUGGAUACAUCCGCGUGAUGCUGAAAGACGAGAAAGGAAAGGACCUCAUCAAAGAAAGAAAAGUCGCUCACGAAAUGUGGUGGAAUGGAGCUAAUUUCCGGCCGAAAUGGGGACUAUACCGCCAAAAAGCGCCGAAAGUUUACCAGCCGGCUGAUUGGCAGCUAUUCCAAAACGUCCAAAUCUGGAAGAAGAAAUAAGACCCCGGCAUUUCUUGUUUUAUUUGGUGGUUGGCUCAUAUAGAAAUCGAGUGUCGUUAGACCAUUAUUACCUAAUAGUGUAAACACUGUCAGGUUGCGUCUAGUGAAUAAAACUUGUCUAAAAUGUA